AUGAGCCUUGUCGAAAGACAGGCCGCGCUCGACCUACAGCUACAAAAGCCACAGAGAAGACGGAGGACACGUACUGCCAAAAGCCCAAGUCCUGGAGAGGAUACGCAGGCCACAGACUCUCCAUCGAGUGCGACACCGCCAGCUAAGACAGUGAAGACGAGGAAGAGGAAGGAACAGAUUGUUCCACGACGUCUUCUCCCUCCCACCGAGCAGAAGCAUACCGACCUCACCUCAUUCAUAUCCUAUGCCGAUCAGCAGGGCCUGAGCAAUACAAGCACAGUCUAUCGCGGCACACACUACGAAUACACUGUAGCCAACAGUCUAGCAACCCUGAACUUCCAUCUCCGGCGCAUCGGCCGGGCCAACGACCUGGGCAUAGACCUCGUGGGCCAUUGGUCACUGCCAUCCAGCCCAAAAGCACACGCGCUACCGGUACUGGUCCAGUGUAAGGCUGCCAAGCCCACACCUUCAAUGGUCCGUGAGCUCGAUGGCACCUACACAGGAGCACCAGCCGGCUGGCAAGGCGACGGAGUGCUAGCUCUGCUUUCCAGCAUUGAGCCCAGUACGAAAGGAGUACAGGCCGCGGUACAGCGAUCGCAGUCGCCGUUGGGCGUAUUGCAAAUUACUAGGGACGGCCAGGUCAAGCAGUUCCUAUGGAAUGCUGCAGCUGCGGCAGCGGGGCUUGAGGGUCUUGGUGUUGCGGUCAGAUAUGCUACUAAGCGUGGUGGUGUGCUUGAGAAGGCCAAGGUUGGCGAGAGUAGUGUUACUGGGAAGGGUAGCACGAUUGGUUUGACUUGGAUGGGGAAGCCGUGGCUGCCAUUGGCAAUACCUAGUGCCGCAGCUGCUGAGUCGGUAGUGAUAGCCUAG